ACGUAGUCAAGGACGAGCGCAAGCACGGAUCUGUUUUCUUUCUUUUCAGCGGAACUCUAAGUGUGGAAUUUCGUUCCUCUUCCUUCCUACGUCGCAAAAGGUGCAGUCUAUUUCGGUUGAAGAGGAGCGGCGACGACGAGGAGGAGUGCGGAGCGGAGGUUGGCAGCACUGCCACACAUCACACACACACACCAUACACGGGAUCUGUUACGAACAUGUCGGCUGCUAAGUGCAUUUUAGCAAUUAACACGCAGGUCGAACGCAAUCAGUGAGAGAAACUAAUUAGCGAGCCAGCACGACUUGCCGCCCGGACGGAGGAUAUCCUCAGGGAAUAUCGCGUACGUCGCUGACGACUAAGGAGAUCUUCCUCUGGCCGAGCAAUGCCACGUAACAGUGCGAUGGUCGUGAUGCGCCGAGCGAUGUUUUCGACAGUCCGCAGAUAAUCGCGAAGGCGCAGGAGACAUGAGUUGGUUUGAUGCCACGGGGUUUGCCAAUUUGGCAAAAUCCGCUCUGAAAGAAGCUCAAAAGACUAUAGACAAGGCGUUAGAUAUCAAGGAUGAGGAGCCAAAGGUGAUUCAAACGCUUACGGAUGACAGCUCAGACUUCUUCGCCAGUUGGGGGCUGAAGAAUGAAGAGCGGGCCAAUGAACAGGAGAAAAUCCCAACGAAACAGCAAAGCUCGAGCAGUAUCUGGGGCAGCUUCACAGGCUCUUUUUUUGAGGCCCCCAAGGUCGCAGAAGGUAACACGGGUAGGAAGAUUGUCAAACAUUCCAAGUCGCUGCAAGGUGCUGCCAGUCAAGACGAACUGCAGUCUGGGAUAGUGUCCUCAGUUUCUGUUCCUGAGAAACUGCUCGAGGAGGGGACUAAGCCCGUGAUAAAAAGUAGCAAGUCUGUACAUACAGGGGAUGAACAAGAGUCUAGCAUAGUCAGUGAGUCUGUAAAUACUAACCAUAGUUUACCUAAAGAAAUCGACGACAAGGUCACACAGGAAUGUGUAUCGUCUUGUGUAUCGUCAGAACAGUCGUCUACAGAAAACCUUGUUCCUACCAAUGCUGAAAAAAAUACAAGAGUCAGUCUUAUGGAUUUGGAAGUAGUGUUCCGUGCGCAAGAGACAGACAGUACUGACGGCGACGAUAGUGAUUCCACGAGCAGCACCGACAGAGAACAGGAUGAUGAGCAAGAUGAAAUGGCCAACCAAACACCAAGCCCUACCAAUGUGUUCCAAGUACCUACUGUCUCUUCGGAAAGCGACAAAAAGAGUCUGGAAAGCGUGGAGAUACUCGGCUCGCAAUCCAACACCGAUUGCACCACCACACCCGAAUCGGACCCCAACUCCGUCAGCAACUCGAUAAGCCCGUCCGUCGUCGGCAUCAAGGUGAACUCCGAGUCGGUUGAGAUAUUACCAGACAGCCUGGUUACGUCGCCCAGCUCCGUAGAGGUUUUGGGAGACUGGAAGAGCGACAGCAGCCCUUACUUGUCUCCGAUAGAUCCCAAGAAUGCGGAGAUAUCGCCCGUCCUGGACGAUGGGGAGGAGUGUGCCACUCCGUGCGGGGAGUGCAUCAAUAUGUUGGAGCUGCCGAGCAAGGAUCAGCUCGCGGAGCUCUCCUCGUCGGACAUCUCUCCGUACGAAUCUCCCAUGGAGGAAGUCAAGACGCUCAGCACCAACUCAUACUCGUGCAGCGUCGACAGCACGCCGUCGCCGAACGCGUUCUCCGGCUUAGACACGAAGGGCUCGUCGCGCGUGGACAUCUCGAAGACUUCGCCCGAGAGCGUCGAGGUCAUACCGGACGUGGACGAGUUGGACGAGGUGAGUCUGGCCGAGGAUUCCUACACCUCCGCUUCCGAGGGCACGGUCAUGACGAUACUCGAGCCGUUUCAACAGAACAAGAUGGAGCUGGUGGACGUGAGCAUGAAGUUGCCCACGAAGAUGCACGACUCGUGCCCGGACGACAGGCACAUGUCAACCAAGCUCUGCACGGAGGGCAAGCUGAACUUGAGUCUCGACUCCUUGAAAGAGAAGCACAACCUGCACUUGACGCUCGAGCCAAUUACCACGCAGCCGAUUCGUAAGUUGGACCACCUGGAGGGAGUGAACGAGAAGGCGGACGUGCCUACCUUUUCCCAGCUGAUGAGCACAACCAUAGAGCCGCCGGACCCGGAUAGUUAUCCCCAGGUCGAGGACCUCAGCGCGGAGGACACGAAGCUAGUCGAGAGUACUACGACCGACCAAUACUUGAUAUCCACCGACUCCAGCGGGGAAGGGACCUUAAUAGAAAGCAGCUCAGAGGAUAACGUCACGUUGGUGUGCACGAACGUCUCCAAAGUCCUGGAAACGCCGUUGACCGCCAGCUCUUAUGUGAAGACCAUGUUGGCCGACGCGAUGGUCGAGAAGGGUGAAAUCAUCGACAUGGAGUCGCAUUGCGCGGAAGUGCCCCGGGAAAGCUCGCCUAUAUCCUCCGAGAGUCGCUCCGACCUGGUCAAGAUCGGCUCGGAUCAGGCUAGUGGACAUACGAGCGGGGACGAGUUAGAAACCACGACGUCGAGCGACAUCGAGAUUAUAUCCAGUCCGAACGGAGACUCGAGCUCGACGCAAUCGCGCCAGAGUCCGGCCAAGUUGCAGUUGACCAAGGGCGGCGACCUGCUAACGAAAACCUUGAAGACCAGAGGUCACUCUCGGGAGUUGAGCGAAAUCAGCAUCGGAUCGGACGAGGCGAAUCUGGAAAUCGAAAAGCUGCUGAAACGCGUGCAAGAGAUGACCGAGAUUCUGGAGGCGAGGGAGUCGAAGCUGAUCGACGUGAGCAGAAUGAAUAUGGAGUUGCACGAGCAAAAUGCAAAUUUAAUGAAGCAACUUGAGAACUUUGAGAAGCACGCGGAGCAGAAUCAAAGUAUAAAUCAAAUCACGGACGAGUACACGCAACGUCUGUCGGCGUUGGAGAGGAAAUUCCAGCAGGCGAUAAGGGAACGGGAUCAAUUGAGGAAGAAUCUGGACCAGUUGAAGUUGGAAGCGGCGUCCCGUCUAUCGUCGCAGGAGAUGUCUAACAUCAACGCCGAGAAGGAUGAGAUAAUAAAGGAACUCCGCGAGGAAGGCGAGAAACUGAGCAAACAGCAACUUCAACACAGCAACAUUAUAAAGAAGCUGCGGCUGAAGGAAAAGGAGGCUGACGCCACGAUAAAGAGCCAAAAGGAGCAGAUAGAGGAGCAAAAUACAGAACUAGAAAGACUGAAACGAUCGUUGUACGCCAAGGAGGAAGUGGAACGCACUCAGAUAGAAGCCGUUCACACGCUGACGGCGAAGACGAAGAAGCAGGAGAAGGAAAUUCUGACUCUACAAGAGAAGCUGGACAACGCGUUGCACAAGAUGGACGCUUAUAAAAAAAGCCUGGACGCCGCGAAAGUAGACUUGUCGGAGACGAAGAAAAAAUUGCUAGUCACAGAGGAGGAAUUGAAGGAAGCUGUUGAUAACGCGGGGGAGUCGUGCCAGCUUUUUGCACAGGUGGAGGACUUAAAAGUGAAAUAUCGACAGGCUGAGGAGUCUCACGUCAAAAAGGAAGAAUUCCUCAAGCACGAAAACAGCGAGUUACUCAAGCGACUCGAAGCCGCGGAAGCUAGGAGCGAAGAGCUGUCUGAAUCCGUCUCGAUGGCGACGAAGCCGCUGCUGAGACAACUGGAGCAGUUGCAGGCUAACUUGCUGCACAAAUCCAACAGCUUCAUGAAGCAAGAGAAGCUUCUGUCCGACAAAAAUAUCGAGUUGCAGUCGAAGAUCGAGAACCUGCUCGAGAUGGACCGCCUUUUGAGGGAAGAGAACGUCAACUUGAAGUCCAAGGAGUCGCACUUGGAAUCGAAGCUCAACAUAAAGGAGAAGGAGCGGCUGAGGCUGCAGGAAUCUCACGACAAGCUGACCGAGCAGGUCGAGAAGUUGUUGGAGCAAAAUAAACAACCGUCAAACAUCGUCUUACGUUUAAAUCGCAGACACCAGGACACCAUACACACCCUCGAGCAGACACAUUCUAGCCAGGUGCAGGAACUGAAGAGGGAAAUAAACGCGUUGGAGAACAAGUUAGCCGUGGAGAAGGCGGCGACCGACGCGGAACGAAGGAAGAACAAUGCGAUACUGGAGCAACAACAGAGCACCGACGAGGAGUUGCGGUUCAGUCCUACCCUCAGCAUAGGGCAAGAAUCUGUCAGUAGUAUAAAUAGCGUCUGGCCAGCUUUUAGCGACUCGGUGUUCGACAACAGCUCCGGGAGGUUCCCUCCGAUGACGUACGAAGGCAUCAGAGCAGGUUCUAGCAGCACGUCGAUCUUCGAGAAUUUACAAGCGCAGCUGAAACAAAGGGACGGCGAAGUGCAGCAACUUCAGUGGGAGCUGUCGCGACGAAACGUGGAGAGGGACGCGUUGAACUCGGAAUUGGCGACGUUAACUCUCGAGGUCGAAGACUUAAGCAACAAAGUUCAGGAAGCACAGGCGCUCAACGAAAGCCUUAGCGAGACUCAAACGAGAUAUGACGCGCUCCUGCAGAUGUACGGCGAGAAAGUGGAAGAGAAUCAGGAAUUGCGGCUGGAUCUCGAGGACAUCAAGGAGAUGUAUAAGACGCAGAUCGACCAGCUUCUCAAAAGACAAAAUUAAUUUCGUUAGGAACUAUUCAUCUCCCCGCAGUCCAUAGAUCUUAUCAAAUUUCAAUUGCACAUACACACACACACACACACACACUAGUGUGGCGCGCGCGUGCGCACUUCAGCACUCUCUGCCAUAAUCUUUUCGUCGAUCUCUAGCGACAGGUUCUUCGGUGCAUAGAAGGGUUUUAUAGCGAACGAUUUUAAUAAUAUAUUCUGGCAUAUGAUAUGUAUUUGUAAUAUCCAACGCGAGUAUACGCGGGGAAAAUUUGUGAUAAAGGACCUAGGCUUUGAUAAGAUCCCACAGACAUGAGGUCAUUCAUUAUUAAAUUAUAUAAGAAUAUAUUUGUUAAGAGUCGGUGGAGAGUGGUCUUUAAGGUGUCAGAAAUUGUGCACAUGGUGUAUGCUCACAUUCAACGUUCUCCUACACAUGCAUACACACACACACACUUGUGUAUAAUUUUUAUCUCAUAUAUUUCGAUUGUAAUUUAAUGUCAGGGACGCUCACAUGUGAUAUUCGUGAAUUGUAUUAUAAUGUUUAAGUAUAACACGCGGUAUGUAUAUAACGCAGUAUAAUAUAAUGUACUUUAUCUUAUAAAUAUAGUGAUACAAAUAU